GCACCCCAGAAUGCACAUCAGAACAGGGCUGAUGGACGCCCAUCUCUACUGCCUGAAGAAAUAUGUGGUAGACUUCCUUGUAGAAAACAGGACAAUCACAUCUCUCCGAAGUGAACUGAUUCCAUAUCUGGUUAGGAAGCAGUUCUCUUCUCCUACAUCAUUGCAGCAAGGACUAGACAACAGAGAAGAGGACCAAAAGAAAAAAGAACAAGCAUCCCUAGACAUUUAUAGUUUCAUAAAGGAAGAUAAUAGCUUGCUGAAACCUGCUCCAGAUAACUCUUGUUGGAAUGAUCACAGAGGAGAUAUGAAUGAAACUCUCCAUGAAGGAAAAGUGCGCUGCUACGUACAUAUAAUGAAAGAGGGACUGUGCUUCCGAGUGAAUACUCUUGGGUUGUAUAUUGAAGCUAAUCGACAGGUUCCCAAGCUGUUGCUUCAUCUGGGUCUGGAAGAGCCACUGGUUCAUGGAUCUGCACAGAUCACUGACAGAGGCAUGGUUGGAUCAGACAGCAUCAUUGGGUCAUCCACACAAGUUGGGGAGAAGACAUCCAUCAAACACUCCAUCAUCGGCAGCAUGUGUACCAUAAAAGACAAAGUUAAGAUAACAAACUGCAUCAUCAUGAAUUCUGUUACAAUUGAGGAAGGGUGCUGUCUUCAGGGCAGUGUUAUUUGUCAUAAUGCCGUGAUAGAGAAGGGUGCAGACAUCAAAGACUGUUUGAUUGGAAGCGAUCAGAGGCUGGAAACCAAAGGUAAGUAGAGGAGCUCUAUUUACAGUGCAUUUGUAAUCCUUUUCAGGAUUUCUUCCUCGAUAUUUUUUUCCUGCUUCUUCGUGAAGUGCCAGUAAACAGUGGCAGUUCUACAGUGUGGUGUCCUAUAAUAUUAGGAUUUGUUUUUCAUGGAAAGUACAGCUUCUUGGCAUAAGAAUAGUUCAGGGACUUGCUCCUCUGAAGUUGGCAGAAAAGCUCUGUUUUUGUUGUUAUAAAGAACAAGAUUGGGUGCUGAGACAGUCUUUUCCCAGAGACCACAAUUAGAUCAGCCUGAAGUUGUCCUCAGCAGAAAGAGCCACUAUUUUGACUUAGUAAUCUUUGUCAGUGUCAGGGGCAAUGCAGUCAAAUUACUGACCCUGCAGACUUCCUUCUCUUUGUACAUGCUACCAACCCACGGUGCCAGCGUGCUCCCAUUCACCUUGCUGCAAGUAAAAGCUUGAGGUGGAAUAUCAUCCUAGGAGCUGCU